AUGACAAUAGCAAUCGGUCUAGAAGGCUCGGCUAACAAGCUGGGGGUGGGCAUAAUCCGCCACACACCCUCCAAACCCGCCGAGAUCCUAUCCAACAUCCGACAUACCUUCGUCUCACCGCCCGGUGAAGGGUUUUUACCGAAGGAUACGGCGAUUCAUCACCGCUCAUGGGUUGUGAAGCUAGUAAAACAGGCGCUGAAGGAGAGCGGGGUGACAAUUCGGGAGGUUGAUUGCAUUUGCUAUACCAAGGGGCCUGGAAUGGGCGCACCGUUACAGUCCGUGGCCGUAGCGGCGAGGACGCUAGCGCUGCUAUGGGAUAAGCCGUUAGUAGGAGUGAAUCAUUGUGUAGGCCACAUCGAAAUGGGGCGGGAAAUCACGGGAGCGGAUAACCCUGUUGUUCUAUACGUAUCCGGUGGCAAUACACAAGUUAUUGCAUACGCAGAUCAAAGAUAUCGUAUAUUUGGCGAAGCAUUGGACAUCGCAAUAGGUAAUUGUCUCGAUCGGUUUGCCCGAACGUUAAACAUAUCAAAUGACCCCGCGCCCGGGUAUAACAUUGAACAGAUGGCAAAAAAAGGAAAACAUCUUAUAGAUAUACCUUAUACCGUUAAGGGAAUGGACUGUUCCUUCUCCGGAAUUCUAGGCUUCAUAGACGCCUAUGCUGGAGAAAUGCUUUCCGGGGCUGAAAAACGAGACCCCGACACUAGGGAGCUAAUCACACCCGAAGACCUAUGUUUCUCGCUUCAAGAAACGGCUUUUGCAAUGUUGGUUGAGAUUACAGAGCGGGCUAUGGCACAUGUGGGGAGUACGCAAGUGCUAAUCGUUGGUGGGGUCGGGUGUAACGAGAGACUACAGGAGAUGAUGGGGAUUAUGGCGAGAGACAGGGGUGGGAGCGUUUACGCUACUGAUGAGAGGUUCUGCAUAGAUAACGGGAUAAUGAUUGCUCACGCUGGGCUGUUGGCGUUUCAAACUGGGUUCACGACACCCAUAGAUGAAUCUACAUGUACACAACGGUUUAGGACCGACGAGGUUUUUGUAAAAUGGAGAGAAUAG